GUCACGCGGUGCGUCAGGGUCACGUGCGAAAACACCGAGGAGGUGACGAAGCACGUCCGGCUCGUGUUCAGCCAAAAAACAGGCCGCUAUUUCUGCUGUCGUUAUGUGAAUAGGCCGAAUUAUUCUAGUACGGUGUCGUUUUAUUGCAAUGUGCUUUCCCUGCCGGGUCAGGUGACUUCAAUAUUCAACGGUUGAGCGAAAUCGGCGCCUUACACGAGCUUAGCGAGUAGAACAUCGCAAUGUCGUAUUACGGCCAGAAUCCAGCGACCCCGGGGAGCCAGCAGCGACCGGGUGGUGUUCCAACACAGCCGUACGGGCAAACUCGGCCGAAUUAUGGACAGCAGCCUGCUUACGGACAGCCAGGGGCAAAUCCUUACGGAGCAACUACACCUCAUGCGUAUGGUGCCGCAACACCAAAUCCCUACGGAGGUGCUCCACCGCAGUCAGCACCGUACGGCUAUCCGCCAGCACCACCGGGAGUUGCACCCUUUCUGUGGAACUUGUUUGCUGCAGUUGACCAAGACCGAAAUGGGCACAUAACGGCACGUGAAUUGAGAGCUGCACUAAUCAACGGCAACUGGUCCCCCUUCAAUGAGGAAACCUGUCGUUUGAUGAUCAGCAUGUUCGACAGAGACAACAGCGGCACGAUUGACGUGCACGAGUUUGUGUCGCUGUGGAACUACAUCGAACAGUGGAAACGCUGUUUCCAAAGCUUUGACAGGGACAACUCUGGGAAUAUCAAUGUGACCGAGUUACACCAAGCACUUACAUCGUUCGGAUACAGGUUGUCUGUCCCAUUUUGUCAACUUGCUAUCACAAAAUUUGAUCGCUAUGCACGUGGAAGUAUAGAGUUCGAUGACUUCAUACAGCUCUGCGUCAUGAUCCAUUGCCUAACGGAGGCAUUUAGAAGGAAAGACACCACCCAGACUGGUGUGGUUACUCUGCAGUACGAAGAGUUCCUACAAAUGGUGCUCAACUGCAGGAUCGGGCCAAACGUGAAGUAGUUCGGUCAGGCAUGUCCGUUCCUGACAAGCUGCGAUAAGGGAAAAGGUCCCCAGGGCUGUGAGGCAUUCCACUAGGUCUUUCAAAUUUCACACGGGACUGUUUGUUGAAGCAUGCUCAAAAUUUUAUGCUGCUGUGUCAAAUUUUUUAUAGUUUCAGCCUUGCAGUAAAAAGGCAACCUGCUCAUCACAAGCUAUUGCAUGUUUUUAUCAGCACCAAAAAUAAAGUUUUGGUCUCUA